CCCGGUAAUGUUCUGUGACUCUAAAGCGUUGGCUUCUUUUUCUUUAGCGAGAAUGAAUGAUGCCGAGGAUUUGCUCAUUAUCAAGAGUAAGACGUCAAUGUAUCAUUCUUUAGGAUACUCGUAUAUAAUCUACUUGAAGUCACUGAUGACCUUUGAGCCGGCGGAUAUUGAGAAAGCGAUUUCCGCACUAAAGGUUACCGUGCAAAUAGCCUCUUCUUUACGUAAAUCAGACACAAUAUUUGGAUCCCUAUCGAAUCUUGUUAGAGGCGGAGCAGCUAACGUCAAUGCACUGAGGUCGAUGAGUCGAAUUCAACGACAUGCGGAAUUAGUCUAUGCAGAAGCUUAUCUACUAAAAGCAGUACUUUGUAUAUUUUACGAUAAUGCACUUGUAUCGUUUAUACGGGAGGGUUUUCAUAUAAGAAAUAGUUAUGUAAUAUUUCGUAAUUUAGCGAAAUUUAUAGAAUGCGUAAAAGAUGAUGAAGAUAUAACGAACUUUGAAGUAGACAGUCAUUUCAGUUCAGGGGUGUCAUUGGGUAUAGGAAUAUUUCAUUUGAUAUUAUCGAUAUUACCACCGGGAAUUUUGAAAAUUAUCCAUUUUGUCGGAGUUACAAAUGAUCGUAGUUUGGCUUUACGAACAUUGGAAUCUUGUGGUGGGUGGAACUAUGAUCCACUUAAUCAUGCUAAGUGUUCUUCUGAUGGUCAUAAAAAUCAUAAUAACCCGGAGAUCGAUAAAGAAAAUGAAGGGCUACGUCGACCAUUUUGUGACUUAGCGCUACUUGCAUAUCACUUGGUAAUCAGCAGUCUUGUGCCGGUCGCAGAUGUUGAUCUCUCGCUUGCAUCAAAAAUCCUAAACUACAAUCUACAACGAUAUCCGAACGGGGUGCUGUUUCUUUAUUUCUCGGGACGCCUGAAUCAAUCCGAAUCUUAUAUUGCUGAAGCGAUCGUGCAGUAUAAAUCGGCCAUCAAUAUACAGAAACAGUGGAAACAACUUCAUCAUAUUUGUUAUUGGGAGAUGGCGUUGAAUUAUCAGUGUCUGAUGGAUUUCGAAAACGCGUACGAGUGUUUCAAGACGCUAUGUAAGGAAUCGAUGUGGAGUAAAUGUGUUUAUUUGUACCAGCAGGCCGUGUGUUUAUAUACUUUGGGGAGACCUGAAGAUAUGGAUCGUGUAAUUAGAAUGAUGAAAAAAGUGCCGAAAUUGACACAACGUAUAGCAGGAAAAUCA